AUGUUGUGUUUGCAGUGCCAGGCAGUAGAGAUUUAUUGGAACAUUUUCAUAGCAAUUUUUUGUUACAGUGAUGAGGAAACGAUCAAACUCGAAGGGCUCUCAGCAGAGCAAGUCAAGGAGUUACACGCAAAGGCUGAAAAACACGAAUUUCAGGCUGAGGUGAAUCGAAUGAUGAAACUGAUCAUCAACUCACUCUAUCGAAACAAAGAAAUCUUCCUUCGAGAACUCAUUUCUAACGCUGCCGAUGCCCUGGAUAAAAUCAGAUUAACUUCCUUGACCGAUCCCAGUGCCCUUCAAACCAACGAAGACAUGAGUAUAAGGAUAAAAGCUGACAGGGAGAACAAGCUCCUUCAUAUCACUGAUUCCGGUAUAGGAAUGACGAAAGAAGAACUCAUGAAUAACCUUGGAACCAUUGCUCGAUCAGGUACAGCGGAAUUUUUGUCAAAGCUUAUGGAUACCUCAACCUCGACGGACGUUCAACAGGAGCUGAUCGGACAAUUCGGCGUCGGUUUCUACUCGGCUUUCCUGGUAGCUGACCGUGUAGUGGUUACCACAAAAAGCAACGAUGGAGAACAAUACAUUUGGGAAUCUGAUUCCGGCUCUUUCUCAAUUGUGAAAGACCCUCGGGGACCUACUUUGAAGCGCGGAACGCAAAUCACUCUACAUAUGAAGGAGGAAGCGAAUGAUUUCCUGGAGCCUGACACCUUGAAGAACCUAGUGCACAAGUAUUCGCAGUUCAUUAACUUCAGCAUCUACUUAUGGCAGUCCAAGACUGAAAUGGUUGAAGAACCUGUUGAAGAAGAGCCUACAACAAAGGAGGAUGGGGCUGUGGAGGAAGAGAAGGAAGAGAAAAAGACCAAGAAAGUUGAGAAAACUAUCUGGGACUGGGAGCGUGUAAACAAUGUGAAACCAAUCUGGAUGAGGAAGCCAAGCCAAGUCGAACAGGAUGAGUACGACGAAUUCUACAAGAGCAUCACAAAAGAUUUCGAGAAGCCGCUCACCCACGUACACUUUUCAGCCGAGGGAGAAGUGUCGUUCCGUUCAAUUCUUUAUGUGCCAAAGACGUCUCCUAGUGACAUGUUCCAAAACUAUGGCAAGAUUGUCGAAAAUAUCAAAUUAUACGUACGACGAGUAUUCAUUACUGACGACUUUGCUGACAUGAUGCCGAAAUAUCUUUCGUUCAUUCGCGGUAUUGUGGACUCGGACGAUCUUCCGCUCAAUGUAUCCCGUGAAAAUCUUCAACAGCACAAGCUUCUAAAAGUGAUUAAAAAGAAACUCGUACGAAAGGUUCUGGAUAUGCUGAAAAAGCUGGAAGGAACGCAAUUCGACGAUUUCUGGAAAGAGUUCAGCACAAAUAUCAAACUGGGAGUCAUGGAGGAUCCAAGCAAUCGAAUUAGGCUUGCCAAGCUGCUUCGGUUUGCGUCCUCUGCUGACAAAGAAAAGCUUACAUCUUUAACUGAUUACGUUGAACGGAUGAAGGAGAAGCAGGACAAAAUUUACUACAUGGCGGGAACAUCGCGCCAGGAAGUUGAAACCUCACCAUUUGUAGAGCGCCUUAUCGCCAAGGGAUACGAGGUAUUAUACUUGACGGAAGCUGUUGACGAGUACUGCAUUCAGUCAAUGCCGGAAUUCGAGGGGAAGAAAUUCCAGAACGUUGCUAAGGAAGGAGUGACCAUUGAUGAAUCUGAGAAGGCGAAGGAAUCUCAUAAGAACCUCGAAAAGGAAUUUGAACCUCUAACUUCUUGGCUUAAGGAGACUGGACUGAAAGAUUUGAUUGAGAAAGCUGUCGUUUCACAACGACUUGUGAAGUCUCCAUCGGCCUUAGUGGCAUCAUCAUAUGGUUGGUCAGGAAAUAUGGAACGUAUUAUGAAGAGUCAGGCUUAUGCUAAAGCCAAGGAUCCCUCACAAGAUUUCUAUGCUAGCCAGAAGAAGACCUUCGAGAUCAAUCCUCGUCAUCCAGUAGUGAAGGAGCUACUUCGUCGUGUUGUUGAAGAUAAGGAAGAUCAGAAAGCCAAGGACACUGCACUUCUCUUAUUCGAAACUGCCACCCUCCGAUCAGGAUUCUCUCUCAAGGACCAGGUUGGAUUUGCGGAACGCAUCGAAUCGGUCCUUCGACAAUCACUUAAUUUGGCUGCUGAUGCAGAAAUUGAACCAGAGCCAGUCAUUGAAGAAACUGAAGAAGCUGAUGACGUUUCAGAAGAAUCGACCACGGAGGAUUCUGCCAAGGAAGAGACCAAGGUGGAAGAAGAACACUCUGAGCUUUAG